UUGUCUGUUUAAUCGCCUUCUGUAUAAAUAACUAUUUAUAGCUAUUACUAUCAUAGCUAAUGUAGGUUAUGUAAAAAGCAGUCAGAAGUUUGUCUAAUUGUCUGAUAAUAAUCACAUUAAUAUCAACAAUGAUGGACUCUUUCUUUUCCUCCUUGUUAAUAAUGAAUGACACACUCAUAAUGUGGAUCGAUAUUUAAAAAAAAAAAAAUGUUGCACUCGUUCACCUUCAUCCUUUCCCUCAUUCCCCCUUUCUUCCCUCCCUCCCUUCAGCUCCGGGGGCUCCACGUUGCGCAUGCGUUGCACUGCUCCAGGAGUGCUGUUUCGGCCUGUUCCGCGGCCGCUCGGUCAUUUUCGCCUCUUUGUUUUACUGGUAGUGGAUUUUAACUCGGAGUCGAACCCAAAUACCAAGCGGACCGCGCUGCUCCCGAACAGGCUCGAAUGUGCCACUCUUCAUGAUGAGGAGUUAACACUGUUGCCAAACGACUGCAGAAGACUGCUGCACCAUCCACAGUAGAUGCAUGGCGGUUUUAGGGAACCCCGACAUGCUGACGAGGAAGAUAAAGCUGUGUCACAUCAACGCCCACAUCACAUGUCGUCUGUGUGAGGGCUACCUGAUCGACGCCACCACUGUCACAGAGUGCUUACACACCUUCUGUAGAAGCUGCCUAGUGAAGUACCUGGAAGAAAACAACACCUGCCCCACAUGUAGGAUUGUUAUUCAUCAGAGCCAUCCACUGCAGUAUAUCGGCCAUGACAGAACAAUGCAAGACAUUGUCUACAAAUUGGUACCGGGACUUCAAGAAGCGGAGAUAAAGAAACAGAGAGACUUUUAUCAGAAGUUAGGAAUGGAGGUUCCUGGAGACAUUAAAGGGGAACUCUGUAACAUGAAGACCCACCUAGAUCAACGCAACGGUGAUACAAAAUCGGAAGACACAGCCCAUAAGGAGGCAGGGGAGGAGAAACCAGAAGAGGACAACGACUAUCAUCGCAGUGACGAGCAGGUCAGCAUCUGCUUGGAGUGCAACAGCAGCAAACUUCGAGGUCUCAAACGCAAGUGGAUCCGCUGCUCGGCACAAGCCACAGUCCUUCACCUCAAGAAGUUCAUCGCCAAAAAGCUUAACCUGACAUCAUUUAAUGAGCUGGACAUUUUAUGCAACGAAGAAAUCUUAGGCAAGGACCACACGUUGAAAUUUGUGGUUGUGACGAGAUGGCGAUUUAAGAAAUCUCCCCUCCUGCUCCAUUACAGACCCAAGAUGGAUCUGCUGUAGCUAAAAUGGACACAAUAGUUGUUUUUUUCUUUUCUAUUUUUCUCUAUUUUUUUUGUCAGGUGGCUGCAGACUGUGCCGGAAAACAACGUUAUUGUUUGUAUGUUUUUAUUUAUGCAAAGACGAUCAACGAUCAACACCAAGCAAACACCCAACUUUGUAAAAAAAAAACCCAAAACAAAACAAAAAAAAAAACAUCAGCAUAAACCAGCAAAUCGGGAGAUUUUCAGAAUGGAGAACAAACACAACGACAAAAAACUCCAGCACAGAUCCUGCAAUACUGGUGUGUUUUUAGGAACAAACAACAAACAUCAGUUUUUUUUUUCUCAUUUCUUUUUACUGGUACAUCCUAGAUAUGUGAACAGAGCCAAAAGAAAAACAAACAAAAAAAAAAAAAAAUGAAAAGAAAAAAAAAUUGAGAUAUGAUAUAUUUAUACUUUU